CGAACCCAGUGCGCUUGUCAGAUGUAGCCACAGCGUGUGGAACUGAGCUCAUAUAACCCACUAGUGGAGCUGUGCUAAGGUCACUUAAAUAAUAUUUCCUUAUUGUUAAAGGGACGACUGCGGGGAGGUAGACUACCCGACGAACAGCCAUGGUAUUCCUGACGUUAUCUUGUUGGAUUAGAAACCGGGGACCUGACAGAUACUGGAAAGUCCAAGAAGUUCUCAAACAUGCAAGGCACUUCAGAGGCAGAAAGAACCGCUGCUACCGUCUGGCUGUGAAGGCGGUCAGGAGAGCUUUCGUCUACGCCACUAAAGCUCGGAUGCUCAAGAAACGCAACAUGAGGACGCUCUGGAUCUCACGCAUUGCAGCAGCAUCACGAGAGCACGGCAUGAAGUACCCCGCCCUUAUUCACAACCUCAACAAGACCAGCGUUGAGCUCAACCGACACAUGUUGAGCGACCUGGCCAUCACAGAGCCUCGCACGUUCCUCUCGCUCACGAAGCUGGCGCGGGCUCGGCAACAUGAAGGCUUGAGAGCGGCGCUGGGUGACGGCAAAGAGCCCGCUGGUGUCUUCUCUCGGGUUGUGGUGCUGCAGUAAAGGACUGGGUGCAGUUACAGACUUCCAGCUGUUAUGUGGUUUAAAGAGCGGCCGUCUUGGAUUGUGGAGAUGUUCAGUCAGGUGCACACUCACCUCUCUGCUUUCACCUCAAAAUAUUCCUCACACAAGAUUCAUUUAGUUAGAUAUUUUUGUUCUUUAUUGAUCAUUUUACCAGGGCUGCGCAGUGCUAAAAUCUCCUUGUUUGGUAGAUUUUAAGUUGCCAACAGAGCUAUGUCCCUGACAUAGAAGGAGAUGUGAUAUCUUGCUCAAGGACACUCCAGCAGGAUGGAUGAUUACUGUUGCAGUGCCUUGAUCCUCGUCCUUGAAGGACAGUUUCUCCACUCACUAUGCCACCCUGCAGCCAUGCUGUGAUUUUGUUGUCCAAAAGCAGUGCUCUCAUUAAAAAGUAGAUUUAAAACAUUUAUGCCUUUUACUGCUGUUAAAGUCAUUGCUGACAAUGUUUGCUCCUAAAUGCUCUUGUAAAUUGUUGUCAGGUGACUCGUUUCGGUAGAUUGAGGAUAUGUUGAAAUGGUGCACUCUUAAAUCAUCACAAUCAUAAUCCAAGACGGCAGCUGACAUUAAAAAACGUAGCAAUUGUUAGUCCACAAACAGCUUCUUCUCCAUUCACUGAAUUCAGUCCAACACUUUCCCAGCUACAGUGUCAAAUUAUUCCACUACAGCGUCCUGAUUACCUCCAAAAGCGUCAUAGAGGAUGUGAUUGUCAAUUUCCACAAACCUCCUUCUGUUUGCAUUACAUGCAACCUUUUGUUAAAUUAUGAUUUGAUGCUGAUUGUAAGGGUUUUUUUGAAGGUUGGGAAGAAGUGUGACCUCAAAGCUUUUCAUGUCUCUGUGUAAAUAUAUUUUGCCAUUUCUUGUGAUGAAGUUUUCCUCUGAAUGUUUAGUUCAUUAAACAUUUUGAUACGUA